AACGCCACACCGACCGCGAGGGAGCUGUCGGAUCUAUCGCUUGCGUGCGGCCGCCUCUGGGAGCUUGACGUCCUUCGCCUUAGUCCCGGAAGGGACUACGAGCUCGACCUGCAAAUAACAACGUACCACGACGACCGCGCUGCGAGGCCGCUCUUCAAGUGGGUUGACCAGAGCACACUGGAGCAACCCGUGUACAGGAGCUUCCUCUCGUUGCUGGACAACUACGACUGGCGACCAGGCGCAGAGGAGGUCUACACAGACGAGGAGAUGGCCGAGAUCGAUGCCUUUCUGGACGACGUGAUGGCGACGCCGUGCAUGGCCUACACGUACGCCUACCUCACCGCCAAGGAGGUCUUUCGAGGGACGAGACCGGAUUUCAAGGCGAGGCUGUCGGAGCUGUGGUUCGCCGGCUACAAGAGGGGGCGGCGAGGGCGCGGCACCGACAGCAGCGCCUUUGAGCAUGUGUUUGUGGGCGAGACGAAGCGAGACGAGGGCGGGAACAGCCUGGUAAUCGGCUCGCACUCUUGGCUCGCUUGGUACUUCUUCGAGAAGGAGGGGGUGCUCAACUACUACGGCUUCAAGCGGCCGCGCGGCAGGCGUAGCCGCAACGGCCACGAGUACGAGAAGGACCAUUUGCUCACAGUGGUCUUUGAGUUUCACGGCGCGCUGAAACCGGUGUCGACGGGCUUCGUGGGCACCUCCCCCGCGUUCGAGCUGUCGCUCUACACGCUCGCCUUCCUGUGCGGGCAGGAGGAGACGCUCUGCGAGCUCGGCGGCGUCGCAACCGCGAUUCACGUGCACCGGCAUCGCGGCGACAAGAUUGGCACCUGUCAUCCC